AGGUUUCAGCGCCUCGAUUUUGUCUACCUCAACGCGGGGAUCAUGCCCAACCCACGGGUGAACAUCACGGCGCUCUGGCACGGUUUCCUCACCGGGAAGGUGCUUCACAUGCUGACCACUGCAGAGGGCAUAAUGACCCAAACGGACAGGCUGAAUGGAGACGGGCUGCAGGAGGUGUUUGCCACCAACCUCUUCGGACACUUCAUCCUGGUUCGUCAACUUGAGCCUCUACUUUGUGGUAAUGAGAAUCCCUCACACCUCGUCUGGACCUCUUCCAGCAAUGCCAGGAAGUCUGCCUUCAGACUCUCUGACUAUCAGCAUGCCCAGGGGCAGGAAUCAUACAGUUCCUCCAAAUACGCUACUGACCUGACCAGUGUGGCUCUGAACAGGAAAUUUAAUAAGCAGGGUCUGUAUUCCAGUGUUGUUUGUCCCGGUCUUGUUAUGACUAACAUGACCUACAGAAUUUUGCCAGUUUUUCUGUGGAUGCUGCUAAUGCCCAUCAUGUGGUUGAUUCGCUUUUUUGCCAAAACUUACACUCUGACACCCUAUAAUGGAGCAGAAGCUCAUGUAUGGCUCUUCAAACAGAAGCCAGAGUGCCUGGAUGCACUUGUCAAAUACCACAGCUGUACUUCUGGCCUGGGGAAGAACUAUGUGGAGCCCAGAAAGAUUGAUGUGGAUGAAGAAACUGCUGAGAAACUUUACCAAAAGCUGGUGGAACUGGAGAAGCAAACUCUAGAGAAAUACAGUGAUCUCCUAGAUUAAGUUAAGCCAGUCUCAGU